CGAGAUAAAAUGAAGGUUGAGGCUGUUAACCGGAACAUAUUAUCUUCAGUCAACCAGAGUGAAUUUCAAUCAAUACGAUAUUGAUCCUACUUGCCAAGUGUGCGGGGAGGCUGUAGAAACAGUUGAGCAUUUUGUUUGUAUCGCAUUGGACGGUAUUAGGGGUACUAUUCUGGGUGACAUUGAACAUCAAUGGAGAGAGAUUACAGGAACCGACUUUACAGGGCUAGACGACAAUACUAAGCUUGCCAUUAUAAUCAACAGUUGGCCUAUAAAAAAAAAUUUGUUAGGAGAUAUCUCAAGUCCCCUAGUUGUACGGAGUAUCAUGACCUUGAGAAGCAUUGCGGGCGAACACUAUUUGGUUUGAACAGAGCACGGCUAUUCCUUCUGUCUGCCGGCACUGGGCGGGGGCCACAACGUACCAAACACUCUUUCAUGAAAAAAGUUUCAUUUAAGUAAAUAGUGCUUCUUUCGUAAACUGAGCUGUAUAAAGUGUGUGUCGUGAUACGUAUACUGUGGUGAUUCGGGUGGUGGACUUAAUAUUCGUGUCAACUGUGAUUCUGGUGGUGGAAUUUAACCCAAUCAUCUAUGAACGCUGUUCGGUUCCCCUAUGUAGGGGGGAGAAGAUAAACAAGAAACAAUGGCGGCUAAGGGUAGUGAUAUUGCAUCGGAUGAAAUAAUAGACACCAAAUGUUGUGUAUGUGCUGGGAAAAAUAUAACGCGACAAGCUGAAAAAUACUGUAUAGAAUGUCGGGACUAUUACUGUAUACCAUGUACAGACACGCACAAAACUUUUCCGUUAAUGAGAGGACACAAGUUGCUGGAUAAAUCAGAUUUCAGUACACAUGGUUUACAGUCAUCUUUACCGUCUUGUCCAACAGAGAGAUGCCAGAUUCAUAAAGCCAAACUGUUGGACAUGUUCUGUAAGAACCAUGAUGAGGUUGUCUGUGCCACUUGUUUAGCUAUAUAUCACAGAACAUGCCAAGAUAUACACUCCAUUCCGGACGAAGUUGACAAUCUAUACAAACAAUCAGCGUCUGAUCAAACGAAGAAACAACUCCUUGCAGCAAAGAAGGAUGUAGAGGAUAUAAAGAAAGCCAAAAAACAACUCCUCAGUGAGCUAAAGAUACAAAAGCAGAGAGCAACUGAUUCUAUCAUAAACUACAGAAAAGAACUGGAGGCUGAGCUCAAGAGACUUGAAACUGAAUCAAUAAAGGAAGUCAAUGCACAACUUAAUAGUAUGGAAAGAGAUCUGCAACGUGAAAUAAAAGAAUCAGAGCAACAUAUAAAUGACAUAGAACAGUCUGUUGCCGCACUGCAAAAGUCUAAUGGAAACAGAAGCCAAGAAUUUGUUUGUGUCAAAACUGCUCAGAAAAAAAUUGUAACAGUUAAAAGUUCCACAAGCUCCUUUAAAAUACCAACAGAAGUAAAAAUAAGUUUUCCUGUCGAUAUGAAAAUAAAAAACUACCUAAAACAAUUAAAAAUAUUAGGACAUGUGUCUUCAGAAGAAGCAACAUACAAGCCAGGCACAGCAUACAAAGUGAAACAGCAGAGAGAUAUUGAUAUUAAGCUUAAAGAAGACAACUCUGGAUGUAAUAUAUAUGGAUCCUGUUUUACCGAGGAUGGUUCCUUGUUGCUUGCAGAUCUUAUCAACAGAAAGUUGAAACGUCUGGAUCUUUCUACAGAUACCAUCAUAGACCAUCUAGAUCUGGAGAAAAGACCUAUUGCUGUAUGUCUAACCAAUAAACAAGAAGCUGCAGUAAGUCUUAACAUCAGAACCAUACAGUUUGUAUCACUAGGAGACAAGAUGACAACAACACAGAAGCUGAAGAUGGAUCAUAAAUGUGUUGGUUUGAGCUUCAAUGAUGGGAAAUUGUUCAUAUCUGAUGAAGGCAAAACAGUUUACAUUCAUGAUAUAAGCGGCACCAUGUUACAUAAAAUUACAACUGACAAAUCAGGCAACCCAAUUUUCAGUAACAGUAAACAUAUUAGUGUGAGUACAAACAGAGACCGAGUGUAUGUGGCUGAUACAGUGAAAGGUGUGAUAACUCUAGACAUGCAGGGAAAUUAUCUAUCAACAUUUACUGAUCCUGAUUUAGUUCAGCCUCAAGGAGUAUGUACAGAUAAAAGAGGAAACAUACUGGUCUGUGGGUAUAUUUCAUCAAAUAUUGUCCACAUAAGUGAGGAUUCAAAAACAAUGUUGGGUAUCAUCAAAACAGAACAAAAUCCAACAUCAGUCUGCUUUGAUCCUCACCAGAACAGAUUAGUUGUAACUCAUUUUAACAGCAAGUAUGUAAAAGUCUGUGAGUUGGAGUAAGAUACAUUUACAUCACAACUAGAAACACUUUUUCUUACUUUUGUUGGACUUAAAAGGUAGAUAAGAUCCAAAUUUAAAAUUUAAAAACAUGAACAAUUACUUCAUAUAGUGUAUGUAAACAUAAAAUUAACAAGUUUAUGUGUAUUAACAGAACUAUCCAUUAGGUUUAAAACAGUACAAACGUAUAUAUAUAUAUAAAUCAAAGUAUAAAUGCAGGCGCAUAGCUGCCUAUACGCAGGUAGGCAUGUACAAUUAAAUUGCCUAAUCUGAAGCAUUGAAUCUAUUUGGUUAUAGUAAGGAGCAUAUAUCAUUUAACGGAGGAUGUUGUACGUAACUCAUAGUUAAUAUAUUUAAAUUUUUCAAAAUAUUCAUUUAAAUAUAUGCAUCUUUGCCUUUGUAUGUAUGCCAAUGUCGAGAGUUUUUCAGGACUGUGCGCCAUACAAAGGCACGCCUCUGGGCUGUAAUGUCCGCCAUAUGGCUUUGUGUUCACGGAGUACAAGCACAUUAAAUUCGGGUUGUUCAAAAAUUAAGAGUUACCUAAUAACCCUAGUAACUCGCUAUUGCUUUAGAUUUGAACAAAUCAAUAGACUGAAAUGAAAUAACGUUACUAUAUGCAACAGGAUAUCACAACAACUGUAAAUCUCGUUCGGUCUUUAGCAUCGUGUUCAUAUAAAUCUGAUCAUGCAAACCAUAAUGCAUAAAACUUUCUGAAUCAUUGAAAACAACGAGGGUUAUCGUAGACUUAUCAUGAAAGAGGCAAUAUACAACAAUAAAUAUGAUUGUUUUGCGAUUUCUAGAGCUAAAAGUCUAACAUCUACAGUCCUGAAUUAAAUAUAUUUAUGCGUUAAGAGCUCCAAAUGUCUUGCUGAAAACUAAAAUUGUGAUUUUUGAGAAGGUCAAUAAGAAAAUAUUGCAAACUAAUUAUGUUCUAUAGUUCAAAAGUUGGAUGUCAUGAAGACGUUUCUGUCAUUACCCGCAAUGUGCUUCAAACCCUUAAACAUUGAUAAAAGGUCAUCAGUGUGUCAGCUUUGGUUCAGUAGUACAUAGCGAAUAUGUUAUUAUUCAAAAUGAUAACUCUUAAUUCGAAGGAUCAGAGCGAAAGUAAUCUAAGUGAAUAUAAAUAAAGAAACACAACAUUUUCGAUAACAGCCAGUGUGUUUAGAGAUGAGACCAUUUACUUUGUUCAAAUAAUAAGUCAAUUUACAUAGAAAAGGGAUUAGAGUUUUGCUCUGUUUUGAAAGUGUAUAAAGGCUCGAUUCUAUCAUAUGUACUGAAAAAUAUUUAAAAUAUAAAAUAAAAUGUCUCUUUAGUCUACAUGCAGACCUGAUGCAUAUUUUUUCACAUGCGUGUAGGUCUCCUGAAAAAUGUUUUGUAUGAAAUUUAUUAAAAAGGAACAAGGUCACUGUAUUUACAUCAAAUAUACCCCAAAAUGUGCCAUUUGCCGUUUUCACUGAAAAAAAAUUCAGGGGGAGGAUACCCCCGUACACCACCCCUUCGUACUAUGAAUAAGGUCCUAGAUACGCGCCUAAAAUUUGUACUGUUAGGAAAUGGGUGCCUUGAUAAAGUUGGGUUACUGACCAAAAUGGCAAAAGUAAUAUUCAGUGACAAAUCAACUUCAGAAUGCAUUAAACAUGAGAAAUAUACAAAACAACAAUACACAAUCUGUUUAUCAUCAUUAAUAUUGACCUACAACCAAUAAAACUGUAAUUUGAAAUUUGGAACGCACUUUUGACAGAUCGCGAAAAUGUGUGACAAAUCAUCCGUAACCCAUAUCAGAAAGCGAAUUCAGACACAAUAUUUAGUCAACUGUAAUGAAUAAACCUUACUUAAUUUAUGUAAACCGGUAGUGGCCUCUGACAUCCUCGAGAGUGGCUGCAAUUUGUGUGUGUUUACGCAUUUUCCCAAAGUCUAUAAAACUUUGUUUACGAAUAUAGUGCCCGAACGACAAUUCUAAACGGAAAGAUUACCAAAUGACAAAAAGGUAUUUCGACAAAGAUUUUGUUGCUAAUAACAGAUCUGUAAUCGGUUUUCUUAACAAUGUAGUAGUUAACUUUUAAUUUGAGUUACGCCGUUGAGUUACGGAACUGUAUUUUUGAAGUGUACGAAUUCGGGGCAAAUAACGCUUUCCGCAACCAAUUCCAGGAACUCUCCACCACUAGAAACCUAUAGAAAAACCAUCUAGUUGAGGAGCGGAAUUCAUACGACAAAACCCUAUAAAUAGAGGUUAGAAACUUCAUUUGGCGGUUCUGGUUCAAAAUAGCGCAACCAAUAGGUUAAACUUAAAAGUUCCACUAGGGUAGUUUAAACAGUAUAGUCUAGUCCGCAACUGAAAUUCCGUAACCAAGGUAAACAAUGUCAAAGUUUAACGCCCAUCAUGGAUUUAUUAUAGGCGCAACUGUUACAUUCUAAUUACGGCGCAACUGUUACAUUCUAAUUACGGCGCAACUGUUAUAUUUCUAGUUACGGCGCAACCAUUUCGUAUUACAUGGUAAUACACGGAAUCUACGUAAAUUUAUGCGCAACCGUAACCGUUUGCGUAACUGUAUGUAUUUAAACGAAAAGGUACCCUUUCCGCGAAACGGAGUACAUGGAGACGAAUGUAUUUGGACACCAUCUACCAAGGGACGAUAGUAUGAUUUAUUAAAAGUCUUUGAAUUAGA